AAGGAAAACAAAGUUGGAGAAUCACUGUCUCUUUUCCUCUGCUUGGAAGACAAACGACUUGGUGUGUGCUAGGUUAUCAGCCGGUCCUGGCACCUUGGCAUCAGAGACAGAUCGAUGCUCCUGCGGUGGAUGAAUGGUUUCGGCACUCCGAGGCGACAUGGGACGCUGCUCAUGUGCAUUUACAACGGGCCAUCAGGCGGCAGAAGGCGAGGGCCGACGCCACCGCAGUGAGGCCCCGGUGUAUGCACCGGGGGAUCGGGUCUGGCUCUCGACCCUAAACCUGCCCCUCCGCCUGCCCUGCCGGAAGCUGGGUCCUCGGUUUGUGGGGCCAUUCAAAGUCCUGAAGAGACUGUACGACGUGAGUUACAGGUUACAGCUCCCCCCGAUUACCGUAUUAACCCCUCGUUCCAUGUGUUUCUCCUCAGGCUGGUGGUGGCUGGUCCACUCCAGAAGUCUGAGGUGCGGGAGGUUCCUCCGCCCCCUCUGGACAUCGAGGGGGCCCCAGGGUAUACUGUGCAAGCCAUCAUGGACUCAAGACGUCGGACGAGAGGCCUUCAGUACCUCGUGGAGUGGGAGGGAUACGGUCCAGAGGAGAGAUGCUGGGUGCCAGUGGAGGACUUCCUGGAUCCAUCAUUACUACAGGAAUUUUACCGCCUCCAUCCCGGAUCGCCCUGCGCCUCGUCCUCCGGGUCGUCCCCGAGGCCGGUGUCGGUGCUCUGCUGGAGCCGCGCGUCAAGGGAGGGGUACUGUCACGACUUCGGAAGAUGGUCCCUCUCCUUCUUCGGGCGGCGGUCGACGUCACCGGCUUUCGAGACACCACCGAUCCAUGUUUAAUUUUCGUUUUGUUUUGUCUUGAUCAUACACACCUGGUUUCCAUUCAAUUAAUUAUGUUCCUUAUUUAACCCUCUGAUUUCCCUCUCUGUUUUGUGAGUUAUUGUUUUGUCAUGUGGGUUCUCGUUGUUCGUGCUUUGGAUUAUUGUAUUUUGUUCCUUGUUGGAAUCUUACCUAUUUUGGAGUAAACGUUGGAUUAUUACUCAGAA